AUGCCUGCAGUUUUGUUCUGGUUCCUCCUGUAUUCAUGUUGCCUCUGCCAGGUACGCUGCCACCUUUAUGACCGACUCAGGGAGCUGAACACCGAAUUUGCAGUGAAGUUGUACCAGACAACUGUGACCACAGAGAACAGGACAAACAUAGUCAUCUCUCCAAGCAGUGUGGCCACCUCUCUGGGGCUACUGCAGUUCGGAGCUCAGGGCAGCACCUUCACUCAGAUAGAAAAGGCCCUGGGAUACAAUGUUUACGAUAAAACAGUGGAGAGCUUUAUGAAAAGCAUGCAUCGGGAACUUACCAACUCCAGCCAAGAUACCUCCAUCCAUUUGGCAUGUGCCUUGUUUGUCCAAGCAGGGACGCCUCUUUCCACCCAGUUUACAGAGUAUGCCGUACAAUGGGCAAACAGCAGCCUCCAGCUGACCAACUUCACUGAGCACAACAAGACGGCCAUCCAGAUAAAGCAGUGGGUAAACAGUAAUACGGGAGGUGGGAUAGAGACGCUGGUGCCUGGCGGACAUUUUGAAUCCAGUUUCACGCAGAUCGCACUUGUGAGCACAAUGUAUUUUAGAAGCAAAUGGAAAACAAAAUUCUCUUUCACCGACACACAGACAUUGCCUUUUAUUAGCACAGAUGGAUCAGUGGUUAAAGUUCCCAUGAUGCAUCAAACUGCAGAUAUCAACUACGGUCAAUUUGAAACCCCAACCCAUGAAAAGUUUACGGUGGUGGAGCUGCCCUAUCUUGGGGAUACAGUCAGUAUGUUUGUGGUACGUCCUACAGACAGGAGCACACCCUUAUCCUCCAUUGAAUCUACCCUAACAUCAAAGAGCAUUGCAGUUUGGGACAACGCUAUGAAAAGAAUCAAAAUGGACGUCUUUUUGCCCAGAUUUAAAUUGGAAAGUUACAGCGAUUUAAGGACGGCCUUGCCUGCUUUGGGAGUCUCAGAUCUAUUUGACCGAAGGAAAGCAGAUUUCAAAGGGAUUUCAGAACAGAGAAACCUUUAUGUUUCUCAAGCAAUUCACAAAGCAGAAAUUGAAGUGGAGGAAGGUGGCACCAGAGGUUCGGGAGUCACAGCGAUGGUGCUAUUGAAACGAUCCCGCAUGCCUGUGUUUAAAGCAGACAGACCAUUUUUCUUUUUCUUAAGACAAGCCAGCUCAGGAUCUGUGCUGUUCAUAGGAAGAGUCACCAAUCCUUUGCACUGAAUGUGUGAUCAUUUCUGUAUUUCUAUAUUUAUUAUGCCUGUUUUGACAAUGUGUAAAAAUG